ACACUCCACCAGUCCAACAUAUAUAAAAAGCUAUAAAUCUAGCUUAUCUUGUUCAAAUUCAUACACUUGUCAAUUCUCAUAGCUAGCAACACUUUCAUCAUCAAUCAUUGAUAAAAACAAUAAUAGCUUAGCUUAAAAAUGGGUGCCGAACCACAAAGGCUACAUGUAGUGUUCUUCCCUCUUAUGGCUGCCGGUCAUAUGAUCCCAACCUUAGACAUCGCCAAGCUGUUUGCAGCCCACCAUGUUAAGACCACCAUUGUCACAACCCCUCUUAACGCACCAACCUUCACCAAAGCACUUAACACCACUACGACUACGACAAUCGAUGUUGAAGUCAUCCCGUUUCCUAAUUCCAACGAAGCUGACGGAAUUCCGGAAGGAAUCGAAAACUUCGACCAGUUUACUUCCAAUGAAAUGGCAGUCAAAUUCCUAAAGGCUACCACGUUGCUACAACAAUCACUCGAACAAAUCUUGGAGAAACACAAACCUGAUUGCCUCGUUGCCGAUAUGCUCUUACCUUUUGCUACCGACGUUGCGGCUAAGUUCAACAUUCCGAGGUUAGUAUUCCAUGGAACUAACUAUUUCUCACAAUGUGUUACACAUUCCAUGAUCAAAUACGAGCCGUUUAAAACCGUCUCGUCCGAUGAUGAAGAGUUUCUCAUCCCUUACCUUCCUCAUGAAGUAAAGCUUAUGAAGUCUCAACUACCAGAUAUGAUGAGGGGGGAUUUAGAUAUGGAUAUGGAUAUUGUUAAUAGUGAAUGGAUGGAAAUAUUUGUUCGAGCUAUGGAGGCCGAGGCGAAGAGCUAUGGAGUUAUUGUCAAUAGCUUUCACGAGCUAGAGCCUGAAUAUGCUGAUUAUUAUAGAAACGUUAUUGGUAGGAGGGCAUGGAGUAUUGGUCCGGUUUCAUUAUGUAACCGCGAAAAUGAAGCUAAGUUCCAACGAGGGAAGGAUUCUUGUAUUGAUGAGCAUGAAUGCUUGAAUUGGCUUAACUCAAAAAAGCCUAACUCUGUUGUUUAUAUCUGCUUUGGUAGUUUAGCUCAAGUCUCGAACUCACAAGUUGAAGAAAUCGCGAUGGGUCUAGAAGCGUCUGAGCAAGACUUCAUAUGGGUGUUAAGAGGAAGUAAUACUAAAAACAUUGAAGAAUUUGAGAAGAGGGUGGAAGGAAAAGGGCUAAUAAUAAGGGGAUGGGCACCUCAAGUGCUGAUAUUGGACCACGAAGCGAUAGGUACAUUCGUGACUCAUUGUGGGUGGAACUCAACUCUAGAAGGCUUAUCGUGUGGGGUUCCUAUGGUCACUUGGCCGGUAUUUGCCGAGCAAUUUUAUAAUGAGAAGUUGGUGACUCAAGUUUUGGAGACUGGAGUGGGUGUUGGAGCUAAGGAAUGGAAUAGAAUGGUAGAGGGUAUCAAAUGGGAAGAUAUUAGAGAUGCUAUAAGAAAACUUAUGGUGGGUGAAGAAGCUUUGGAGUUAAGAAGUAAGGCAAAGAAAAUGAAAGAAUUAGCAAGGAUGGCUGUUGAAGUUGGUGGUUCAUCUUAUUGUGAUUUGAGUUCCUUAAUACAAGAAUUGAGCUCUUAUAAUAAUGCUACUACUUAUGCUAGGGAUUAAUUAAUUAGAUGAUGGGUUAUAUUGUUUAGAAGCAUUAAUAUGCCUUUAAAAGGUCAAUUACUCGGUCACUUGUAAUCUCUUUGUCAAGUACGUCCGCCACUCUUUUUUAGUUGAAUUAAUAUUUGGAGUUUCACGCUUACUAAA